AUGAGACUCCUCACCACAAUCAUUGCCAUUCUUGCCACGGCUGCGACGGAGUUCAUCUCUUUCGACCUCGGCUACGACGAUGGCUCUCGCUCCAUGAACUUCAUUGCUUGCUCCGACGGUGGUAAUGGUCUUGAGACUCGCUACGGCUGGGAGACCGAAGGCCAAAUUCCAAGCUUCCCGUAUAUCGGCGGCAGCAUUGCCAUUGUGGGUGAAACUCUCUUGUUUGUGGCGCCUGCUACGCGUAACCUACAAUGGAGUGACAGUCCACAUGCUCGCAUGUCCGAAACCGCCAUGAACAAGCUUACGAAUGGGCAGGCGGUCCAGCUCGGUCGUAUCGAUGCUCAAGUUGAAGUGCCGGAGAACGCGCCGAACGCAUGUGGCCAGUAA